CAGCCGCGUCGCACGCAGCCGCCUGGGACGCGGAGCCGGCACGGCGGACAGUGAGGGGACCGGCGGCCGUCUCGGACUCCCGGUGCCGCAGCGCCCUGCUCCGCUCCCCGGCCACAUCUAGGGAGCACGAAUAGUGUCCGUGCCACCUCGCUCAGGCUUCCGCUUGUCCCCGACUCGGGGACCCGAUGCGACAGGCGCCGCGGGACGGACGGCUGCGCGCAGCGGAGAGCGGAGAGCCCCGGCCGUGGAGUCCCGCACAUGUCUCUGCGGUCAUCGCGCCCGGGCCUGGCGCUUGCAACUGAAGCUGCAGCACACCGCCUCACCGUGGAUCGUUUCCAGCAGGCAGACCUCCACAUGUCGGCAGUAGGCUCCUGAUGCAGUCCCUCCUCCUCCUCCAUCCCUCCGCACUGUUCUCAAAGAGAGUGGGCCUUCAAGAAACACACCCCAAAAGUGCAGGCAGGCUAGCCAUGAGAGGGUACCUCCUGGCCCUAUUCUUGAGUUGCGUCUUCCUCUAUUAUGUGCUACACUGUAUCCUGUGGGGAACAAAUGGCUAUUGGGUACCACCUAUGGAUAUCAAGAGUAAAAAUAUCAACACUUGUCCAAAAAAGCCACCUUUCAGCUCUCUUCUGAGGUUUCCCCGGUUUUACCCCUUUCUGUGUGCAUCUGAUUUUGCAAGGAUUACUUCUAUGUACGGUACCAAUAAUUUUGUUUUACCCUACGGGGUAAAGUCAUCAGCGGUAUAUUUUCGAACUGUCCUUUCAAAGCUGCAGAGUUGUGAUCUCUUUGAUGAGUUUGACAAUGUGCCGUGUAAAAGGUGUGUGGUGGUUGGCAAUGGAGGCGUGUUGAAGAAUAAGACAUUAGGAGAAAAAAUCGACUCCUAUGAUGUGAUCAUAAGAAUGAAUAAUGGUCCUGUUUUAGGAUAUGAAGAGGAUGUUGGAAAAAGGACAACCUUCAGGCUUUUUUAUCCAGAGUCUGUCUUUUCAGAUCCCACUCACAGUGAUCCCAACACCACAGCGGUUCUCAUUGUCUUUAAGCCACAGGAUUUAAGGUGGCUCUUGGAAGUACUGAGUGGUACCAACAUAGACACUAAUGGUUUUUGGAAGAAGCCAGCCUUAAACUUGAUCUAUAAACGAUACCAAAUCAGAAUAUUAGAUCCGUACAUUAUCAGAGAAGCAGCUCAUCACCUGCUUCAUUUUCCCAAAGUUUUCCCCAAAAAUCAGAAACCCAAACACCCCACGACAGGAAUUAUUGCCCUCACACUGGCAUUUCACAUAUGCAGUGAAGUUCACCUUGCUGGUUUCAAGUACAACGUGAACAACCCAAACAGUCCUUUACACUACUAUGGGAAUGCUACCAUGUCUUUGAUGAACAAGAAUGCAUAUCACAAUGUGACUGCAGAGCAGCUCUUUUUAAAGAGAAUUAUAGAGAAAAAUAUGGUAAUCAACUUGACUCCAGAUUGACCAUACAGAUUCAAAAGAUGACGCUAAAUAGUAUUAGUUUUAUUUUUGUACUGAAAAUUUUAGUUUAUUUUUAAAUAUGUUGAAUGAACUCAUCAAAUAAUUAUAUAUAUUGUCUGUUGCUACCUGGUGAUUUAUAACCACCAGCUUAAUUUCUGUGAAUAUAUUUAUGAAAUACAAAACAAACCUUUUAGUUAUGAUAUCAGGGAACUAUGUAAAGUUUUGACUGUUGUUUAAAACAAGCUGGUGUUUUAAAAUACCUUUUUUUGUAGUUCCUUCAUCUUAGAGUUCUAGGUGAUUUAGUUGAUGUCACUAGUUUUGAUGGUCACAUGUCAUUCUGAGACAAUUAUUUAUUUGUUAUUCCUGGCAUAUGACUGGGGGCCAGGUGCAGGAAACUAGAACCCACUUGGCUUUGGAGUCCAUGGUGUGGUGUUCAUAGUGGUUUAGUUAAGUUCCCCAUGCAAUUAAUUAAGCUAGUAAUAACUUGCAGUGUUAGGGAGCAAAUCAGUCUUUCUUACAUAUGCUAAGAUGAGCACUCUCACCUUGAUGAACAUCCUGAGAUUUUUUGGGGGGUGGGAUGAGGCAGGUUUUUACGAUGUAGCCUAGGCUGGCCUCGAACUGGGUUCUUGCCUCACCUUUCCAAGUUCUGGGAUUACAACUGUGUAUCACUGUACCCUACAGCAUCAUUUUUUAAAUUCAAAGGAAAAAAAAAAAGCUUUUUUUUUUUUUUUUCAAGACAAGGUUUAUGUAAGCUCUGGAUGGCCUAGAACUACAGUGCAGUCCAGGCUGGCCUUGAACUCAGAGAUGGGCCUACCUCUGCCUCCGGAGUGCAGGGAUAAGGUCAAGAAUGAGAAACUUAAGUAUUUUCCUAGUUUAAUGUAUCCAUUGCCUCUUAAAUGUUUAUUUGAAGCAAAUUAGAAAAGUAAACCAAUGAAAGUAAAGCCUUGGGAGUCCAGCUGAUUCUGUUUGUUUGUAUAAAGAAAAAAGUCAGCAUUUCAUGACUAAAUUUAGCCUUCACUAAAACAUUUACUAGGCCACUUCAGGUACACUAGAGGAAAGUCUGAUGAACCACAAACAAAAGUUAGCCUGUGAAGCAAUAUUAAUACACACAACCGAAGGCUCCCGGGGGCAGGAAGGGAGGAGGAAAGACUAGCAGAGGUGGCAAGGAUGGAUUCAGACACCAUCAGAGAUCUGAGGAGAACAAGAGUCACUGUCUUUGGGGCAGCAAGCAUUACUGGAAAUGUAAGUGGUACUGGCAACCAACUUGCUUCCCUAAAGAGAGUACACGUGGAGAGUUCAAUACCAGGAAAAGGAGGAAUGAAAUAUUGAAAACCAGCUUGUGUUGGAUGGAUAGUGAGGCUAACUCAUACUGGAACAGCUUCGUAAUUCAGAGGUGGAAGCCGGAACACUAGAAGACUCUACGUGUUCAUGAGGUGUUUCCCUCUUACUCCAUGGCCACAGGGAGCAGGGCUGCCCAGGUUCAUGUUCAUGGUAUGUCUGGGGGAACUGGCAGCGGAGAACAACGGGACAAUUUUGAAAUGAUGCUUUAAGCACUAUAAUCUUGGUCAUAAAAAUGUGAUGUCAAUGCUGAGAAAUCUGGCAUUUUAUGGAGUAUGAUGUCAAAGGUUGUUUUAUUUAAUCCAAAUAAUCAGAGUAAGACACACAUAUAUAAUUUAUUAAAAACACAUUAGAAUCUCACUAUUUCCAACAGCCUAAAUUCUAGCAACAUAUACAAAUAUCAAGUGACUACAGUACAUGCCGAGGUAAGAAAAUACAUUCUGGGAGAAUAUAACUGACAGUCAAGCCAUUUUCACUUCCUCUGUAUUGCAAUACAUGUUUUAUUUUUAUCAUUCCCAGUGCCAAAAGUGGAAAACAAGAGAAACUACACACAAGCUGGACUAAAUAAGAAUUUGUGCCACAGUUAACUUAAACAUUCUCUAACUCGCUAACCACCCAACCCACUAGGUUUUGCAGUUUAGGGACUUUUCAAGUUCAAAACCAAAAGGCAGAAUUAACAGCCCCUAUACAGAGCUUCAUUAAUUCUCCACUGAGGGUCUGGACACCAUCCAGUGUCCCCCAUAGUCUCUGGGUUUGUCUAGUGGUCUUGUCUGCUUUAGUUUUCUACUCCCCAGGUGAUAAUGUGGAGCCAAGGCAAAGAAGCUCUCGCUCGAUCCCUGGCCACAGCUUUGUGGCCACAACCAUAUUUAAUGCUUUGUCACUGGGACAGGGAGAGGAGAAGCACACACGUAGAACACACCGUAACCAUCAUGACUGUAGAAACUCUCUAAGUGAACAGCGAAUAAACCCAUUGUUCAAUGCAAAGUGCAAAUAGUGAAACAUGAAUUAAAUAACUGGACUAGACCUGGCAUAUUCAACAGGAACUACUUGGAUCUACAAACAGCAUUUAAUAAAAUGCAAACCAGAAUUAACAACAUCUUUAUCUGUGCUGGUUCCAAAGAUCAAAUAACAGCGAAGUCAGUAUAAUUUUCUGAACCCUCCAAAGGCCACACUUGCCAAACUACUGUCUAUAUAUUUCUAUAACUGUAUUAUCAGGGAAAGAACAACCGAAUAAACCACAGUGACUUAAGUAUUGAGUAUUUCAAGCAAACAAUUAAAAAAAAAAUCAAGGAGUUUGGUCAAGAAAAGGUUCCUUUCACAUUUUACUUGAUUGUCUUCCAAAGCUCUGUAUCAGACAUGUAAGUGACUGAGAACCUAAAACAAUCUAUAUUACAUAAACAAAAAUACAAAACCAGAGAAAAUCAUUUGAAUUAGGCUCAGCUCAUCUGCAAAGUAAAAAAAUAUAAAAAUAACCAGGUAUUUUAUGAAAACCAUUGGUAGAGCUGAAGACAGCACAGUGGCAAUAUGAAUCAAGUCUUACAAUAUGCAUCAUAUGAGAAAUGGCCUCGCUUUAUUUUAAAAACGUUCUGGGAAAAAUGAUCUGAGACACAGUUACACAAAAUAACAAGCUUCUUUGGGAAAAUGACUUCAUCUUCAAAAUGUCUCAAAGCUUCCAAUGGGAAUCAGACUCCAAGAAAACUAUACUCUGCCUCCUGAGCAUGAAUAAAAAUAAAACAGCAAACGGUUAACUUUGCUCCCACCUGAAAGGGACAACUGCACCGUGUGCUUUACACAUUCUUGUUUCAGUACAAGUUCAGUAUCUGUGCUUUUUGCUUCAUUACCUUAAAACAAAAUAUGCAUUGAUUUUUCAAUGAGUGAAACUGUGUCUCAAAGUCCACAAAAUAAAAGGCAAAUUACAAUAAAAGCAACAAAAUCAUACAAGGGGGGCAAAGGCAGGGAAGCUGCAGAAACAGACAAUUCUGUUUCUGAAGUAAUGUUUUAAAUACUGACACACUUGUGGAAGGGAGCAGAGUCAAUACUGUCUACCACUAUCCAAAUGUCGUAAAGUUUGGCAAUGCAGAACCUGGGUGGUAUAAGCUGAGAAAAAUGACCAGGACCCAAUGGCCUGAUAUACUUUACAACUAAGCCAACCAACAGGUUUGUGGACAGGGAUACAGAAUUUUAUGUCAAAGCUAUCAGAAGGUGGUUUCUGCACUGUAGGCUAAUCCAUCACAAUGUCUAAUCUCCCCUAUCUGACAUGAGUCUGGCCAGGUUAUGCUCAAGCAGUGACAAGCUGCUGGGGAGAAUCGUGUACAGUUCAGAAGUGAUGACACUGCUCAACCAGGUCUGACACAAAGGAUUACUUAGGCCUCUUUCCACAGAAUUAUACAGAACUGAAGAAUACAUGUUGACCCUCUUUUCUCUUUUAGUACUAGGACUGAAUCUAGGGCCUCACACUUACUAUAGGCAAGCACAAACCACUAAGACAUACCUUAUUUCUUAUUUUGAGACAGGAUUUUAUGUGUAGCCUGGGUUAAUCCUGAACUUAGACUUCAAAGCACUGAACUUGGGAUUCUCAUGUCUUAGCCUCCCAGGUCUUGGGAUUGCAGGCCUGAGUCAUCAGGUCUGGUUUUCUUUUUCUUGUAAUAGUUUACUGAAGAAAAUAAUUAUAAAAUAACUUGGAACUCAGAGAAAACUUUUGUAUUUGGGCUUGUGUGUAAAUAAAACCAAGGAGGUUAAUUAA